AUGACAGAUUUGUUGAUAUCACUAAAAAUAUUUUGCAUCAAUGGCUUGACGAAAACUUGCCAAAUCUUAUUGAUAGAGUAACUCGCGAAGUUGUAAAUUCGAUUGAUCGAAAAAGGAAAUUAAUUGCUCAAGACUAUAUAUCAACUUCAACUGAUAAAGAUAAGAAUGACCAUAAAGUAUUCACAUAUCCAUCAAAAAAAAUUCAAGGAAAAGUUGGUGAAACCGUUGAAGUUCUUAUCUCUUAUCAAUAUUUAACAUUUUCCCAUGCAUCUACGAAGGAUAUUUGGGGUUCUGGAAUAUAUACUCCUGUUUCGGAUUUGAUUAAAGUAUUAGGCCAUUCCGGUGCAUUCAUUCUUCCAAAGACAUCACAACCAGAUCAUGAUCUUUCGGUGAUUUUACGAUUUUUACCUGGAUGUGACAAAUAUUUAGGAUCAAUUAAUAAUGGAUUAAAAAGUCAAGAUUAUAAUAAAUUUAACUUGAGCUUUGUUAUCGAACAAGUUAAACAUUUACCU